AAAUCCUUCUUCAUGCGUCUGACGGGGGAAAACAAGUCAGAGAUGUUCUUCAAGGUGUUCUAUGAGAGGAUGAAGCUGGCCCAGCAGGAGAUCAAGGCCACUGUGACCGUCAACACCAGCGACCUGGGCAGCAAGAAGAAGGACGAGGAGCCCCCAGACAAGGACACGCCCGCCGCUAAAGGAAAGAAAGGUCAGGGGUCAGGGUAACGGGCCUGGUUUGAACAACAUCCUGGUCCUGUCAAGUGAGACAGUCAAUACGGUGAAUUUACUACACUCAGAAGAUAUCAUAAAUCAGUAAUUCACAAAUACAUACAGUUGUUUGACACUGAAGUGUAAGUUGGGGCCCGAUGAUGAAGUUCAAGGUCUGUGACAGCUCCAGCUCUGCUCCUGUGUACACACUGUACAGUGAGACUCUGCCCUAUGUUUCUCUGGUGUCCCCUUUGUUGUGAGUGUCUCUUAUUCCUCACAUUCUUAUUUUACCAGGGAAGGUGGUGGCUACAGUGCCGGUUAGUGUGGUGACGGAGGAGGUCAAGGAGCAGCUGGUGGAAGCGUCCACGGUCACUAAGAAGGCGUUCACCACGUACCGCCGUGAGGCCGAGGCCGAGGAGCACCUGGCCGCCGCCGAGGGUCAGGGCCCCGCCAGCACGCCUGACGACCAAGAGGGGGAGAUGAGCGUCAUUAUUACCAUCAUGCAGCCCAUCCUGCGCCUAAUGCAGCUGCUGUGUGAGAACCACAACAGGGAGCUGCAGGUUGGUCAGCCACACCACCAGGGGGCACUACUGUGGUUUACAUUACACCAGUUAGUUAUAAAGGGGGGCUGCAAUGGUUGCCCAGGCCCUAUGGCACACUUACAGUUUCAGUAUUGGUACAUUUUCAUCAACAGAUCUUUAUACAGAAAUGAAACCAGAUGGUGAAAAUAGACAUUAUUUGUUGGAACAACGUGAUGCAACUGUUUCCGUAUCUGAUAGCGCUCAGUCUGGUUUCACUAUGAGGACGAGUGUGGUUGUGUUUGGAAAUGGGGAGGUUCAAUAUCUCAGACAGACAGUGAACUUCCCCCACUAACAUACUCUGUGGAGUAAGGUCAAGGCUCCACAUCAUUGACAGAUAGCUGGAUGCUGAAUCACAAUGGUUCAUCAUCAGUCUUGUGCAUGUGGCCUGGAUGGAUUGAUCCUGAGCCAAACACAGCGGGCUAAGCUAAUCAUGGUUUAAUCUCAUUGACAUGUUUAGACACACGAGUUAAAGAUGCGUCUCAUCACUAAAUAAUCCAGCCAUUGAAUUAAACUCUAAUAAAAUUCAAUUUGAUUCGUCACAUGCUUCGUAAACAACCAGUGGCGUGUAUUCAUGGAUGUCAAGGAAAGCCAGGCUUCCCAAAAGAAUUGACAAAAAAAUAUGUAUCUUUUGUUUUUUUAAUUUGUUUCAUUAUUUUCCUUCAAUUCGCAAGAGGCUGAAUGUAUCUCACAGGAGAAAGCAUCCGUGAGCGAAACAGCGCCCCUCUGUCUCUCUAUGUGUAGGCCAUCUAUCUGAUGCUGUCUGGUCCAAACGAGUAUGACAUUGUUGCUGCCCAUAGCAUUGAAGGCAAGGGAAGCCAGCGAGCAGUUGGCCUCCCUUGAUAAUAUAUAUUUUUUUAAAUAGCCAAUCAUCGUUGAGCUAAACUGAGCAAGCUCAUCUGUGAAUGGUCCUGGCGCACCAAAAAAAGUGUCAAGGGAAGCCAGCUUUGAUUUUGGCGUCACUCCUAUCAAAUCCCAUUGAGAGCAUACGUCAUUGACAGAAAAACGUGAAUUGUUGCAUCUCGUUGUGUUGUUGUCCUCCAGUGGCUAGCUAGCUAGCUAGCUAGCUAAAAUGGUCCCUUUCCUAAAUUAGCCAUGGAUGGAGAUAGGGAUUUGGACUUAAUUCUACGUACUGGCCAAUGAUUAUAACGGUGAUUCUGAUCCAACGAUUAAUUUAUACAUUGUUGUGCCCCUGGCCUGAGAGGAUGGAAGUUCAAUAUGUAGCUAAAUGUAGAAGGCUAAUGUUAACUAGCUAAAGUUGCCCAUGAAUGGAAGUUAGGCAAGCAAGCAUUUUAGACAGGUAGCCUAGGACAACAACAAAAAAUUAAAGCGUGUACUGUAUGACAGCGUGAUAGACCGGUUUGUCAACAUGAAAGAAAGGAGGAUGGCAUUGGCAAGUAGGGUGAGUCAACAUGUUUUUCUACUUGCACGAACGCGCAUGCACAAACACAGAAAUCAGAACCAUAGGCAGCCACAUCAUAUUUAGCUUAUGUUGAUUGGACUAAAUCGUUUUUGGUAUUUUUUAGUUGUCACUGUAUUAGACUAAGCAAAGGUGAUUUGAUGAUGUUGAGGAUGAAAUGGUGCUGGAAUAGUGGAGGCAGCUCCUGUUUUCUUUGAGACUUGCAGUAACUCUCUGUGAUUCUAAAUCAAUAGUUGUUUAGUGGUCCGAAAACGUGGGAAACAUUAAUUUGCUUGACCAUGCUGUAUGUCAUGUAACUGUCUGUUACUGUACAUGAAAUAUGCGUUGUGUACUUCACUGGACUGAGGUUGCUAUCUGGUUUUGUGAUAAAACAAAGGUGUGGUUGAAUUUAUUCUGCCACUGUGUGUUCUUAUUGUCUCUGCCUUUAGGCCUAUAUAUCAAGGUCGCAAGGCGUAUUAAUUAACAGGUUAUAGAGCAAACAAUGCAAUUAUCACAACACAUAGGUUGAAUUAUGGCCUUUUGGUGGGAGGGGGGCUUGGUUUCCCCAGUGAUUUUACCCACGCACUGCUACUGUAAACAACAGGUGUAGACUAACAGUGAAAUGCUUACUUACGGGCCCUAAUAAAAGUAAUAAUAAAUACACGUUGAGUAACGAUAACUUGGCUAUAUACACAGAGUACCAGUACCGAGUCAAUGUGCAGGGGUACGAGGUAAUUGAGGUGGAUAUGAUAAUAAACAGUAGCAGCAGCAUAUGUGAUGAGUCAAAGUUAGUGCAAAAAGGCUCAAUGCAUAUAGUCCGGGUAGCUAUUUGGUUAACUAUUUAACUAACUAUUUAGCAGUCUUAUGGCUUGGGGGUAGAAGCUGUUCAGGGUCCUGUUGGUUCCAGACUUGGUGCAUCGGUACCGCUUGCCGUGCGGAAGCAGAGAGGACAGUCUAUGACUUGGGUGGCUGGACUCUUUGAAAAUGUUUAGGGCCUUCCUCUGACACCGCCUGGUAUAGAGCUCCCUGCCAUCCAGGACCUCGGCCCCAGUGAUGUACUGGGCUAUACGCAAAUGCACCGCCUCUUAGGCAGAGGGCAGCUAUAACAGGCAGCCUUUUUAACAUAGCAUAUUGAUCAUUUAUAUUUUCUGAUAAUAUUAUACUCAAAGCUAGUACCUUUUAGGUUUUCAGUGGAAUAACCCCAUUUAUUCAUAGAGGGAUCUAAGGUUAUUGUUCAUAUUGCCAAAGUCUAGAAUGAAUGUAUGAAUUAGUGUGUCUCUAACUUAAAAGUUGUGUCUCUUUCCGCUCCAGAACUUCCUGAGGUGUCAGAACAACAAGAACAACUAUAACCUGGUGUGUGAGACGCUGCAGUUCCUGGACUGUAUCUGUGGCAGCACCACGGGAGGCCUGGGGCUGCUGGGACUCUACAUCAAUGAGAAGAACGUAGGCCUCAUCAACCAGACAGUAGAGAGCCUCACAGAGUACUGCCAGGGACCCUGCCAUGAGAACCAGGUGGGCACACACACUCACACCUCCUGCUACCUAGAUCAAAAGCAUUGUUUUAUAUGUGCACAUGCAGUAUCAUGAAACGUUGAAGUCAAAUUACCCAGUGUUUGCGUCUAAUUGAUAUCUCUAUUUCAGUAAUUGCAGGGUUGUUCUUAUUUGGCAGUGCUUUAAUUAAGCUUUUAAAUUCUCUUUACAUGCCCAGAUAGGUCCCAGUACACAGCUCCAUACAAAAAAAGGCGUUCCUUGAAUGGCUUUUUCUUGCAGGUUCAUGUCAGACUAAACAAUAUAAUAAUAAUAUUGUUUUCCGGUUAAUCUGGAUAUAUUUUGACUCAAUCGUAAAUACAACGUCAAAAAGUUUCCUGUAUGUCUGUUUCUCUGUCAGAACUGCAUCGCCACUCAUGAAUGCAACGGUAUCGACAUCAUCAUCGCUCUAAUCCUCAACGACAUCAACCCCCUGGGCAAGAAGAGGAUGGACCUGGUGCUGGAGCUCAAGGUUGUCUUGGUUUAGUAGUCAUGUUGCACGCUGUGUGUAUUCCUUUCUUAUCCCUUUGUUCUGUCUUGGUUUCAAUGCAUUUUUAAACAACCAGCACUCAUGACAACCUGAAUGUUAUUCAUCCUCCUGAUGUUCUGUAUCCCUUGCCCCUCUCUCUCUCUGUUCCAGAAUAACGCCUCUAAGCUCCUCUUGGCCAUCAUGGAGAGUCGCCACGACAGCGAGAAUGCAGAGAGGAUACUGUACAACAUGAGGCCUAAAGAACUGGUGAGUGCCAUGUAUUGGUAGUCAGAUAUACCUGCAGCACGGCAUGGCACAGAGGAUAUUGUUAAGGGGAAGUUAUCUGACGGUCUGGUUUGUGACGUGCAGGUGGAGGUGAUAAAGAAGGCCUACAUGCAGGGGGAGGUGGAGCCGGAGGAGCCUGCUGAGGAAGAUGAAGAUGGUGAGGAAGAGCAUGCGGCCUCUCCACGAAACGUGGGCCACAACAUCUACAUCCUGGCUCAUCAGGUACUGUAGACCACUGCAUGUAACUUUACACCUCCUGUAACAGCUCCUAUACAACCUAUAGGCAUAUUACAUCAGAGCUCUUCCCCUCUAACCCCACUUAGGCACAAUACAGCUCUAUUCAUGACUGUGUCUAUUCAAGUAGUUAUGUGGAUGAACAACAGACAGUUUCAGUUAUGUAAAUAAAAAUGUUGAUCCCAAGGCAUGAUACCCAGCAUGCUAGUGUGUGAAAAACUGAACAGUCCACAUCCUGUACAGACAAAGACAAACAGCGGCAUGUACUGUCAGACACGUCUGGUGUCAGUGUCAGUUCCCUGUCCCCACAGGCAGCUAGAGAAACUCCCAGACCACACCUAACACGUUUCAUGCCACAUGUCAGAUACAAUGAGGAAAAUAGACACAAAAAAAUUUUGGUUGGUGACUUAGAAAACCCUGAUUGUAAAUCUUGACCAAUGACAGUACAAUAAAAAUUCACAAGGAUAAUGUGAUACAUCACCUGACAGCAUUGGUGCAUUCAUACAGUUGGCCCGCCACAACAAGGAGCUGCAGGGCAUGUUGAAGACCUAUGGGGAGGGGGAUGAUGCCCUGGAGUUCUAUGCCAAGCACACAGCUCAAAUUGAGGUCAGUCAUUUUACCCAUGAUUCAGGAGAGUCCGCCAUUGUGGUUCAUUUUUUCCAAUCUGUUUUCACCAUGUAGUUUUCUGUUUUAUUACCCCUGUAUUAACUUUGGUGGAUUGCAACAUGUAUUUUGGCAAUAUGUUUGGACUUUUCCUUACCCUAGCCAUGUGACAGUCAUAUUGUUUUUCUUGGCCCGCUUUCUUGGCCUGCUGUCAGUAUUUUGUGUUUUGUUAGUGUAUGAAAAUUACAAGCAUCCUUGGCAUGUUUGCAUGUGUUCCACUGUGAGCUCAGGAAAGGGAAAGAAUGCUUUCUGUUGAGAAUGCACAAAACCUCAAACAAGGAAGAGCUUAUCAAAUGAGUGUGUAAGGUGUUGUACUGUGCUUUUAUACACAAACAAUUGCCCUCCUUACUCCUCUUCAAGUAUAAAACAGUCUAUUAUAGCCAGAUCAUGUUUUAGACAGUUUUCCAAGGUGAAGAAUAGGCACCGACAUGCCACUAUCUAACCAUAAAGUUUGGGGCCUACCCAGUCCAGGGCCUAGAGUUGCCGUCCCCCCCUGAGAGAGAGGGUCUGUGACGGGCAGCACUGGCUGCAUGUGGUUGUGUCCAGAUUGUGCGGCUGGAUCGCACCAUGGAGCAGAUAGUCUUCCCCGUGCCCAACAUCUGUGAGUUCCUCACCAACGAGUCCAAGCUGCGGGUGUACUACACCACGGAGCGUGACGAGCAGGGCAGCAAGAUCAACGACUUCUUCCUGCGCUCCGAGGACCUCUUCAACGAGAUGAACUGGCAGAAGAAGCUGCGAGGUACUCAAGAGCCAACCACUGGUAACGCAAACACGGUUCCCUGUGCGUCCCUCUCCCUACCUCUCUAUACUAGGUACCUGCUUUACAUGCCCUCACCCCUCCCUGACCCCUCAGGGCCCCUCAGGAGACUCCCCAGGCUGGGUCAGGUCCUCCAUGUGUGGGCCAGAGACCCACCCUGAACCCUGGAGGGAAGGAAGGCAGGGGAGAGGGCAUGCAAAGGUUAUACGUUAAGUUAGAGUACAUAACAUAAGGUGGAUAAAUGUUAAGAUAUUUACAGUGUAAGGUUGCAGGGCUCCAGACUAACAUUUUCCCCUGGUGGCACUGGUCCCACUAACCUUUUCAGUUGGUGGCACUAGUCCAUCAUUUGGUGGCACCCAAAAACACAUUUCUGCAGCGUCCCACAAUAGAAUACAAUUUGAGUCAUCAUCUUAUACAGUAUCUUAUAUCAUCUUAUAUAAUCUAAUUAUAAAGUCAUUCACAAUGCUUUAUUAAGAAGUGUAAUAGACUACUGAGAUGGUAUUUAAUUAAUACAUUGUUACAUCUAACCUCCCUUUUUUAAAUAAAAAAAAGAGUAAUAAUUAUUCCAUGGGGAGAGAAAAAUGUGCAGUAUUAUAGCUAAUCUAAUGCUAUUUUACACAUUUUGCCACGAGGCUGAUAGAAAAUGUUGCUGUUUUACAGCUCAGGGAUUCUUGAAAGAUGGGACAGUCAACUUUUUGUCCACAAAUAUUUGUCUUAAUAUUAACAAAAUGUGAACUAUAUAUUUUGAUACAACGAAGUAUCAGCUAUCACACCAUGUAAAGGAACAACCACUUAAUUUUUUUAAACAUUUUCAUAAAAUGCAACUAACUGGAUUUAUGUCUACUCUGUCAGACACCAUAAAAGGCAUUAAAUUGUUUUAAUUAUUGUCCAACAAGUGUUUAAUGGCCUUGAUUGUUUAAUUCUAACAUUAGAUUAUUCAAAUAUGAAAUACAAAUCUCCAAACCUCUUUUUUGUUUUGUUUAAUAGCACUAUUAAAUGCUCCAGGGCUAAUUUCAUUAGCAUUUUGGCAUGUUUUUCUAGAUUUAGAACAUAAAACAACAUUUAUAAAGCAAACAUUAUCCCUUAGUACUAGCACAGCAAAUACUUAAGUUGUUUAAGCAUACUGUAUGUUGCAGAACAGUGAUUUAAAUAUUUUUUCAGUAUAUUAACAAAGAAUUGACUACAUCAGUGACAGAGUUGACAAACCACUGACAGAGUUGACAACAGAUACUCAUAACAGACACAGUGCGUGCAACUCAAUAUUAGGAAGGUGUUCUUAAUGUUUUGUUCACUCAGUGUAUCUUGAUAAGUAUUCAACCCCCUGAGUCAAUACAUGUUAGAAUCACCUUUGGCAGCGAUUACAGCUGUGAGUCUUUCUCGGUCUAAGAGCUUUGCACACCUGGAUUGUACAAUAUUCUUUAAAAAAUUAUUCAAGGUCUGUCAAGUUGGUUGUUGAUCAUUUUUCUUGCCAUAGAUUUUUCAAGCAGAUUUUAAGUCAAACUGUAACCAAGCCACUCGGGAACAUUCAAUGUCGUCUUGGUAAGCAACUCCAGUGUAUAUUUGGCCUUGUGUUUUAGGUUAUUGUCCUGCUGAAAGGUGAAUUUGUCUCCCAGUGACUGUUGGAAAGCUGACUGAACCAAGUUUUCCUCUAGGAUUUUGCCUGUGCUUAGCUCUAUUCCGUUUUUUUUAUCCUAAAAAAACUACCUAAUCCUUGCCGAUGACAAGCAUGCCAAAAACAUGAUGCAGCCACCACCAUGCUUGAAAAUAUGAAGAGUGGUACUCAGCGACAUGUUGUGUUGGAUUUGCCCCUAACAUAACGCUUUGAAUUCAGGACAAAAGGUUAAUUUCUUUGCCACGUUCUUUUGCAGUAUUUAUUUAGUGCAGUGGUCACCAACCGGUAUUCCUAGUCGAUAACCAAACAUUUCUGUAAAACACCCAACGAUAAAGCCUUGUUUCACGCUGUUGGCAGUGGGUGCACUUGAUUUUGCAGCCCUAGUGCCGGGAAGGCAAAGUGUUCCCAUUUUGAACCAUUUCAUGUGUCUGAAGGUAGAACUCCGCCUACCCAACAGGCCCAGACAGCAAAACAAGUGCACUUGUAAGCCUACCACUGGCCAAUCAGAUAGCUCUGAUCACUGUGUCUGCACCGUUUCCUCACGCCAUUGACUGUAAAAAGAAGCCUCUAAUGCACAGCAAAGUUGAUACUGUGAGAUUUAGCAACUUUUUAAACCAUGUCUAAAGAGGGAAAUUAACGAAUACAGCAAAGAGCUGCUGUUUUUAUGAGUAAGUUCAUGUUUAAGUUGUUAUUCAUGACUGUCAACACUUUGUUCAACACUUUUGUAAGCCAUAAAAUUCGCAUUCUCCCUACUUCCACUCACGCUACAACCAGCACUGCAACAGCAAUGAAUGAGUAUAGCAAAGUGCUUUGAUAAGCUUGUGUUAUUAUUAUUAUUAGCGGCUUGUGUCUUUUUAAUAUCUAGGAAUAUUCUCUGGUCAUAGGAAUAACAACAUGAAUUGGUGCAUAAUGCAGAAAUAAUGCAGUCCGACUUAAGUUUCGCCACCUGCUGGAAGACUGUCCCCUUUUCUCAGUGGAGGGAGAGAGAGAGGAGGGACGGUGAGUCGGGUGAGAGGCAGCCUCACUGCUGCGCCCUUCCUCCCCUCAGACUGACCAUCAGAAGCAGGCCAUCAGUCCAGUAAAAAAUAAAUAAGCAAAUUUGUAUGCUCUCUCAACUGUGCAUCACAAGUAAUACAACAAAUUACCUAUUACCAGUAUGAUCAUAUACCGAACAUGUUGAAAUAUAAUUUUAAAAAUGGUCUGAGAAGAACAACAUUGGCAGGGCAAUUCAAGCUUAGCCAAUAUGCAGUUAUAACGUAUUGGGCCUAUUGCUUACUGCACAAACCUCAUUGCAACAUAACUGUUUUUAACUGGUUAAUGUUGCAUAGGCAUAUGUUUUUUUAAAGUCAUGUUUUGAGCGGUAGAUGUCGGCUUGCAUUUUGACACAAUAGUGAUCUUGAUUCAGAAAAGGUUGGUGACCACUGCUUUAGUGCCUUAUUGCAAACAGAAUGCAUGUUUUGGAAUAUUUGUAUUCUGUACAGGCUUCCUUCUUUUCACUCUGUCAUUUAUGUUAGUAUUGUGGAGUAACUACAAUGUUGUUGAUACGUCCUCAGUUAUCUCCUAUCACAGCCAUUAAACUCUGUUUUAAAAUCACCAUUACCCUUAAGGUGAAAUCCCUGAGCAGUUUCCUUCCUCUCCGGCAACUGAGUUAGGAAUGGCACUUGUAUCUUUUGUAGUGAGUGGGUGUAUUGACACACCAUCCAAAGUGUAAUUAAUAACUUCACCAUGCUCAAAGGGAUAUUCAAUGUUUAUUUUCUAUUUAUUUUUACUAAUCUACCAGUAGGAGGUGCCCUUAUUUGCAAACCAUUGGAAAAACUCCCAUGUCUUUUUUUGUAUCUGUGCUUGAAAUUCACUGCUCAAAUGAGGGACCUUACAGAUAAUUGUAUGUGUGGGGUACGGAGAUGGGGUAGUCAUUUAAAAAUAAUGUUAUUAUUGCAAACAGCGUGAGUCCUUGCAAGUUAUUAUGUGACUUGUUAAGCACAUUUUUACUUCUGAACUUAUUUAGGCUUGCCAUAACAAAAGGAACACUUAUUGACUCAAGACAUUUCAGCUUUAUGUUUUUUAUUAAUUUGUAAAUAUUUCUCAAAACAUAAUUCCACUUUGACAUUAUGGGGUAUUGUGACAGUGACACAAAAUCUAAAUUUAAUUCAUUUUAAAUUCAGGCUGUAACACAACACAACUUUCUGAAGGCACUGUAUUUCUGUUCAUUACAAGCAUUUGUAAAACUGGAAAAUGAUUCAUUUGAAAAUCCCCAAUAAAAACAUAACCAUUCUAUCAGAUCUUUCAGCACUCUGACGGAGUUGACGUUUUACGGAGUUGACAAAAUUGCAUUGUUUUCCUUAGUUGAUUUAUUACUCUAAAACCAAAUUAAAUGUUACAUAUGUGAACCAAAAUUAAUAUUCUAUCGGGCAGAUAGAGUUGACAGUUUAUGCUUGUAACCAUGGUGAUUCCAAUAUUGUUUGUUUAAAUCUAUCAAAAGUAGAGAACUUUACAGACCAUGAGUGGUAUUGUUGCACUACAUAAUAAUAAUAAUAAUAAUAAUAAUAUGCCAUUUAGCAGACGCUUUUAUCCAAAGCGACUUACAGUCAUGCGUGCAUACAUUUUUUUUGUGUAUGGUACAUGUAAUGAGGACAUGAAUAAGGGGUCCUUAUGGUAUAACUGACCCUGACGGAGUUGACCAAAUAUCCGGAAGCAUCUUUUAGGAAUUACAGUUUUGAGAUAAAUAUUAUUUAAAGUCACAGAGGGCUAUUGCAAGAAACUGCAUGAGAUCAUUUUUCAGUUAAUAUCCAUUAUUAUCAGUUUUUUUCAUUUUAAACACUUUUUGGGAUAUUUUUUUAUUAGGAUCCUUUGCUCCUGACAAAGGAAUUUCCAGGCAUAGCGGUGACAUGGAAAUGAAUAAUAUUGAAAGUAUUUAGAAAAUUCCCAAAACCAAACAUUUCCUCUAUAAAAUUCCCCUAAAUGUACAUUUUAAGCUCAAAUAAUGCAACAAAAUCCAGAUUUUUUUUUACUAUCAAAAUAAAGUUUCCUUGCUGGACAAGGAUUGUCCCAACUUUCAAGAAUCUCUGAGCUAAUUUCCUGCUAUUGUACACAUUUUGCAAAAGGCUGAGAGAAAAUUGUGCAAUUUCUUUCAUGGCUUAAGAUAUGUUCAUAUGCUGUCCCCAACCCCCAAAAAUGGGGUCCGCUCCGCCUUGUGGGGGCUGCAGGGAUGUGCGCCACGCCAGUAACACACACACACACACACAAAUAAUCACGUGGGAUAUAUUCUGAUUGUUUACUACACUGAGUACAUGUAGGAAAGGAGGGAGAGUAUAGAUAGCUAGAAGAGAGGCUGAGCUUCUCUGAGAACAGGGGGUGAUCCUCUCCCAGGGUGUAAUGAGAUUGGAGGUCAGUCUGAGUGGGUCUCUUCCAGAGAGAGUCAGUCCAGGAUCCAGCAGACAGUCAGUACAGGAGCAGUCCAUACUCCCUUCAGACACAACUGCUGGCCACAGGCUCACAAGGGUUGAGGCAGGAGAGACUGAGAGAGAGCAGAAAGUUCCCUGACAUGAGCCAUCUAUAGGACUGCUCCCUGGUGGAGGACAUGACCAGAUUAGGACUAACUACUGAUGAGUGGGAUCCAGACGCCAUGAGGGAGACUGGGGAGAGAGUGAUUCAAGAGAGCUAGAGAGGAAAGGAGUUUCUGAGGAGGUAGAGGAUAAGACGCUUUGAAAAUAAGAUGAUGUCUCUCAGAAUCUGUUUGCAAACACUAAGCCUAUGAGGAAGAGUCAUUAUCUGAUGAAGCAUUGUCCUACAGUAGUAACUCAUGGUGCGAUUGUUGAUGCCCUCAUCCCCAAGUCUACCCACCCAACGUACCCAUGUUGCACAUUCAGUAGGGCGUCUCCCUAUUGAUGCCUAGCACCUGAUCCCUUCACCCCCCUUCAGGCUGCGGUCGCUGUAUGACUGCACCCUUUGUUUCCUCAGUGGGAGUGUGUUUCUGCCUGUCUGUCCCUCUGUGAGCCCUGUACUGCAAGAGGGGACUGCACUCUAACACACGUGACGCACAUGUCUUAUCUGAAUGAAUCAGCAGCACAGCGACUGAUCAGCCAUGUUGUUUCGUUGAUGCAUGAGUGCGGUGGCUGUUGUUUAUAAAAGUCCCCACCCUUAGUUCCUCUUUUCAAAUGAAAAAGCUGCCUCCAAAAUAGCAGUGACCCUCUCUGAACAAUGGUCAUGUGGGCAGUAGGCGAGGAGAGUGUGGCUUAUGUUAACCGGGGAGGGGGUUGACGGUCGAGAUUCCGAAUUGAAGUUCAAAUCCCCGGGGCUGGACAGUACUGAACACACUCCAAAAAUUAAUGUACACCAAAUAAGCAUGCUAAUUGGCUUUGCACCCUUUUGAUAUUUAGGUGAAGUUUUUGCUUUGCUGUGUGUAUUUGACCCUUACGCAAUUUAAUAAACUGACUGUGAACCCUAACCUGGAUGUAAUUCUAGUUUAAUGCAGAAUUAACCCUCAAUUUGGAAACAUGUCUAAAGACAUUAAAAUGGAAACACUGCUCUGGUGUGAAAAUUGAUUAACUUAUGUAUCUAUUGUAACUAUGUAGUACUAUUAUCAUCAACCUUUUAUUAUUAGAAUCAACUGUGUAGUGCUAGGGCAAAAAACUAAAUGUGCAGCCAUUGGGGUCCCCAGUACCAAGUUUGGGAAACACUGCCCUACUGUGUAUCAUGCUUCAGCUGGCACAAACAAGGCAAAAACUUCAGUCAUUUCCUGCAUCAGUUGCAGGAUAGUCAUAACACGUGCCACUGGGGUGUAUUAUUUGCUGGAAGGAAAAACAGUGAUAAGUGAAUCGCCCAAUCACCCAUGAUGUUUGGGUACCAGCUAGCAAUAACCUUACUACAACUAACCAAUUGAUACAAAAUUGUCACUCCUUCCCCCCUUUCAAAAAUGUCAUAAUUUACAUAACUCAAGCCCCUGGUGGUACAGUGUAUGUCUUUGAGAUUUAGCUCUAGAUGCAAUUGUGAGUGUGUUUGGUAAGAACCUCUGCAUUGUGCAUAAGUGGAAAAUCCUCCAAUUAAUGCUCUGUCGAAUGUGUUUACAUGUGCAAUAUAUACUGUAUGUGUAUGUGCAUCUCCUGUGAAUCCUGUCUAAGUUUGUGAGUGCAGCAGUAUUGUGGUGGUGGUGAAGUUGUAGUAGUGAAUGCACUGUGUGGUUGUCUGGUGUAGAAGUGAUACUGUUGACUGUGUAUUGACUGUGUGUGUUGGCACUCCUCGUCCCCUCUCCAGCCCAGCCCAUUCUAUACUGGUGCUCUCGCAACAUGUCCUUCUGGAGCAGCAUCUCAUUCAACCUGGCCGUGCUCAUGAACCUGCUGGUAGCCUUCUUCUACCCUCUGGAAGGAAUCCGCAGAGGUCAGUGAGUUCUCUCCUCCGUCCUCCUCCCCAUCCUCAAUCAUCUGAGUAAUUUGCAGGGUGUCUGUGCCAAUCAAUGGCUGAUCUCUGCAUGUGUAGCUACAGGUUCUCUGUUUAUUCUACAUGUGUGACUGUUACAAAACAGGAUAUUUGAACGAAUGAUACACACAGACCAUUUAAAGCAAGGGGAACUGCAUUACAAUGCAUGUUACACACAACCACAAGCUGUUUGGGAAGGUGAAUGGAGCGUAAACUGGUUCAUCCCUUUUUAAAAACAGUUUUCUGAAGGUCUUGUGAUUCCACUUUGCCGUACUUUAUAUUUCAACAGUGGUUUACAAUGCACAUGCUUAUUUAGACAUUUAGUGACUUGAUGCCUACUGUGCCAAAGCGAUUUAGAGUUGUUAAAUGGGAGUGACCAGUGUGUUGCUAUCAGGGGCGUCUCUAGCCUUUUGGGGGCCCUAAGCGAGAUUUGAUUGGAGGCCCCCACCACUAACCGGGCAAAAAGAAAAAUUGUAGCCCUCCUCUUGACGGCAGAGAAAAUAAAUGUAUGUUUUAAAGCACAGGUUAUGCACACCAACAUAUUAUGCAAUAAUUAAGAGUAGGCAAACUGAUCGUGUCAUGUGAAAAUUAUAGAAAACGUUUUACCAUUGCAACAUUUGAUGUAGGCCUACAAUCACAUUCACUGUGGUUGUCUGAAGUGUGCUAUAGAGUUCAUAGCUGGCGAUGCCUCAUCACGAUGGGUUAUUUCCCAUCAUUUGCUAUAAUGUCAAUGAGUGUCAUCACAAUCUUUCCUUUGCGGUACAUAAAAAAAAAAAAAAAUGUUUUAUUGUCACAUACACCGGAUAGGUACAGUGAAAUAUGUUGUUUUACAGGGUCAGCCAUAGUAGUACAGCGCCCCUGGAGCAAAUUGGGGUUAAGUGCCUUGCUCAAGAGCACAUCGACAGAUUUUUCACCUUGUUGGCUCGGCCAUUCGAACCAGCAACCUUUCGGUUAGUGGCCCAACGCUCUAACAGCUAGGCUACCUGCCGCCUAGUACCUCAAACUGUUGUGAUUACCAGCUGAGAAACUUUUAUGAGUUGAUUGUACUCCUGGCUCAGAGUUUGUCUGGGCAGUGUCUUAAGAUCAUCCUAAAACCUACUCUGAGCUGGCAGUUCAUUUAGUCUUAAAAUGGGUUUUAGCAGGAUUCCUAGGAUAUUUUCUGAGAUGCUUUGUGCAUAUGGGCCCUGACCUGAUUAUUGAUACAGGGUUUGAGCUUAAGUUAACACACACACACACACUUAAUGAACCUGUCACCAGAUUCCUGUCUUCACGUUGACACUGAUGAGCCUUUAGUCAGGAUCCACUGCCAUGUAUCUGUCUCUAUUGUUGGUGAGUUGGGCUGUGUGUGUGUACUGUGUGUGCCUCCAUGUGGUCUGGUUACCCUGAGCCUGGCAGGAAUCAUUACGCCUAGAACGCAGACUGCAGUGUUUGGUCUACCCUAAAAAGUGACACCUAACCAAUAAGGCCUGGGGUGGGUCCCUCUCAACUCUUAGAUAAUUCCCAACAGUCUCUCUCGUCAAAUAAUGAACGUCCGAUAAGCAGCAACAAAGCAGAAGAAAUGAGAAUGUGCUUGAAAAUCUAUAUAUCUGUGGACAUAAAGAAAAAUAUGAAUACACAAUACAAGUAAUACUCAUUCUCUCUCUCUCUCUCUCCCUAUCUCUCUAUCUCUCUAUCUAUCUAUCUAUCUAUCGUGAAGGAAAAAAGUAUUUGAUCCAAUCCCCUGUAUUUGAUCCAAUCCCCUGCUGAGUUUGUACGUUUGCCCACUGACAAAGAAAUGAUCAGUCCAUAAUUUUAAUGGUAGGUUUAUUUGAACAGUGAGAGACAGAAUAACAACAACAAAAUCCAGAAAAACGCAUGUUAUAAAUUGAUUUGCAUUUUAAUGAGGGAAAUAAGUAUUUGACCCCCUCUCAAUCAGAAAGAUUUCUGGCUCCCAGGUGUCUUUUAUACAGGUAACGAGCUGAGAUUAGGAGCACACUCUUAAAGGGAGUGCUCCUAAUCUCAGCUUGUUACCUGUAUAAAAGACACCUGUCCACAGAAGCAAUCAAUCAAACUCUCCACCAUGGCCAAGACCAAAGAGCUCUCCAAGGAUGUCAGGGACAAGAUUGUAGACCUACACAAGGCUGGAAUGGGCUACAAGACCAUCGCCAAGCAGCUUGGUGAGAAGGUGACAACAGUUGGUGUGAUUAUUCGCAAAUGGAAGAAACACAAAAUAACUAUCAAUCUCCCUCGGCCUGGGGCUCCAUGCAAGAUCUCACCUCGUGGCGUUGCAGUGAUCAUGAGAACGGUGAGGAAUCAGCCCAGAACUACACGGGAGGAUCUUGUCAAUGAUCUCAAGGCAGCUGGGACCAUAAUCACCAAGAAAGCAAUUGGUAACACACUACGCCGUGAAGGACUGAAAUCCUGCAGCGCCCGCAAUGUCCCCCUGCUCAAAAAAGCACAUAUACAGGCCCGUCUGAAGUUUGCCAAUAAACAUCUGAAUGAUUCAGAUGAGAACUGGGUGAAAGUGUUGUGGUCAGAUGAGACAAAAUCGAGCUCUUUGGCAUCAACUCAACUCGCCGUGUUUGGAGGAGGAGGAAUGCUGCCUAUGACCCCAAGAACACCAUCCCUACCGUCAAACAUGGAGGUGGAAACAUUAUGCUUUGGGGGUGUUUUUCUGCUAAGGGGACAGGACAACUUUACCGCAUCAAAGGGACGAUGGACGGGGCCAUGUACCGUCAAAUCUUGGGUGAGAACCUCCUUCCCUCAGCCAGGGCAUUGAAAAUGGGUCGUGGAUGGGUAUUCCAGCAUGACAAUGACCCAAAACACACGGCCAAGGCAACAAAGGAGUGGCUCAAGAAGAAGCACAUUAAGGUCCUGGAGUGGCCUAGGCAGUCUCCAGACCUUAAUCCCAUAGAAAAUCUGUGGAGGGAGCUGAAGGUUUGAGUUGCCAAACGUCAGCCUCAAAACCUUAAUGACUUGGAGAAGAUCUGCAAAGAAGAGUGGAACAAAAUCCCUCCUGAUAUGUGUGCAAACCUGGUGGACAACUACAAGAAACGUCUGACCUCUGUGAUUGCCAAAAAGGGUUUUGCCACCAAGUACUAAGUCAUGUUUUGCAGAGGGGUCAAAUUCUUAUUUCCUUCAUUAAAAUGCAAAUCAAUUUAUAACAUUUUUGACAUGCGUUUUUCUGGAUUUUUUUGUUGUUAUUCAGUCUCUCACCAUUCAAAUAAACCUACCAUUAAAAUUAUAGACUGAUCAUGUCUUUGUCAGUGGGCAAACGUACAAAAUCAGAAGGGGAUCAAAUACUUUUUUCCCUCACUGUAUAUGCCUGAGAGCAGUGUUAGUCUGUGGUGAUGUGUAAACCACAACCCCAGUCAUUAAGGCCUCUAUUGUUGCAGAGAGAAGACCCACAUUGUGACUCACAUAAACUUUACAUUGUUCUGUCUAACUGGGGUCAAGCAGCGCAGUCCCUUUUGUUUUGAAUUUCCUCAGAGAGAGAGGGAGGGAAAAAAACGCUAGAAUACUUUCAUGUGGUUUACAGUGUCAAAGAACUUCAGAGAGCGUAGCAUCAGACUGUAGGGCUACGCUGAGGACACGUCCGCUGGUGUGCGAUGGGGGAAAUGAUGUCAGCUUAACGAUGUAGCCAUCCAUCAUAUGCAUAAAACCUUGGCUUGCGUAUCAUUAUUGCUCUGUAGUAAAUCUUAAACGCACAUACAACUGAUUGGUCCAUACUAAUGUCUGUCUGGAUGUAUGCCAGCUCUAAUGCUGCUCGUUGUUAAUGUUCAAUCCAGCUGCUUGUAAAAGAGAAGUCUCAUUUCAGUGUCAUUUCUAAGUAUUGCGUGGAAGUGUGACAUUAAGACAAUAAACAAAGCUUUUAUUGAAAUACAUUUUUGAGAGCAGGAGAAAUGCAUGUGAAGACUUGUGCUUACAGUAUGCAGGUCUAGAGAUAGGUAAACAAUAAGUAGGAAUAAUAGGAUUAGAUAGGAGUGAGACAUGACACCUGUGAUACUGUAUGUCUCUGAGAGGUGGUUUCUCUAAAGGUGCUGUGAGUUAACAGAAGUGAGCCUAGCCGUCAUUCCUGGGCUUGGCUGUGGAGUCCAGCUCCCUGGCGGGCUGUCAGCCGGCGGACCUGGGAUCACUCCCAGACCAUCCCUCAUGAAUUUCUCAGGAGCCAGGUGUAUUUUUAGCUGCCCCAGUUAUGUAACAUGCACCUGUCAUGUGAUCUCUGCACGGAGAGGAGAAGAGGGGGCGAAACUGGCCUCUGGCUGGGGCCUAGAAUUGAAUACAGCAAAACCGACUAAAUUGUUUUCAUCUUAACACACAUACACGCAUGCACGCACACAGUUAUCCGACUGACUUUGUCCUUGUGUUGCACAGACAUAGCUGGGACUUAGCCACCAAGUUUGUGCCAGGUAAGCUCAUGUUAAAGCUUCACUGAGCCACAACAUUCUGAUGUGUCACACUUUAACCUCUGUUGUAACUGGUAGUAUUGUGAAGUUCUAGAGCUCUGCCUCGUCUCCCUGGGGAGAUAUUUUGCCUGAGCAUGUCCAACAGGUGAAACUACUGCAGAGGGAUGUCCCGCACUGGAGGCCUAGAACAGAUUGUUUGCUUGUUAAUACAAUCCAAUGCGUUGCCAUCUAUCAUUACAGCAGUUGGAUGAGCCGACGCUUGUAGUGUUGGCUGCUUUUGUCUUUUGAUUCAACAUUCAAUGUAAACAGAUCUUUAACUGUAUCUACAGUAGGCCUAAGUGUCACUGUAUGAAUAUUCCAUGUAGGCAUCUUGCAUGGACAACACUAUCCACGCCCCAUUUCUACCUUUUAACCCCACUUCUCUCCUCUCACCUCUCUCCUCUCCCCCUCCUUCUUCCAGGUACCCUGGAUGGUCACCUGUCAGCCCUGCUGUGGAUCGCCAUGCUGGUGUCCCUGGCCAUCGUCAUCAUCCUGCCCCAGCCCCACGGCGUCCGGGUCCUCAUCGCCUCCACCAUCCUCCGCCUCAUCUUCUCUGUGGGCCUGGAGCCCACCCUCUUCCUGCUAGGGGCCUUUAACGUGAGUGUGUCUGCAAGUGUGUGUGUGUGUGAGUGCCUCUGUGACUGGGAAGGUUUGUGGUCACAUGGUCCUGUCACAGUAGCUCCUGUGCCCUCAAACGCCCUAUCCAGUGUCCUGGCCUGACCCACAUGUGAGGUGAAGUGUGUAGUGCGUCGCUGUGGGAUUCCACAGAGCUGUGGCACUCUUGCGUCAACCAGACCAACAGAACACUCACUGCACCUACCCGGUGUAUGUGACAUGUAUUUAUUUAUUUAUUUUUAAGAGUAAAAACCUGUUGAAUGGAUGCAUGACCAAUGCUUCUUGCACAUGAAGUUUUUUGGAGUGAUGUCAACUUUUCUGGGAGCAGUUUUCCCCCUCUAUGCCAGUCUCUGUAACAAAAGUUGGCUAUGUGUUAGUCUGCUAUGCCUGAUUGUUUCUGUAUCUCUUUACUUAGUUGUACCAGUAUGUACUUUUAAAUUAACAUGGCAAAAUUGUUGCUCUUUGACUUAAUCCUUCUAUGUUUUCCACUGUUCCUCAGGUGGGCAAUAAGAUGAUCUUCUUGAUGAGUUUUGUGGGGAACAGAGGGACGUUCACGCGGGGCUACAAGGCCAUGAUCAUGGAUGUAGAGUUCCUCUACCACCUCCUCUACCUGAUCAUCUGUAGUCUGGGUGUCUUCGUCCAUGUCUUCUUCUACAGUCUGCUGGUAAAAACUGUACUCUCACUCACUCGUCUUCUCGCUCGCUCGCUCACUCUCUCAAAUCAAAUCAAUUCCAAUUGUAUUGGUCACAUACACAUAUUUAGCAAAUGUUACUUCGGCAGUAGCGAAAUAUAUAAACUACCGGUCAAAAGUAUUAGAACACAUACUCAUUCAAGGGUUUUUCUUUAUUUUUACUAUUUUCUACAUUGUAGAAUAAUAGUGAAAACAUCAAAACUAUGAAAUAAUACAUAUGGAAUCAUGUAGUAACCAAAAAAGUGUUAAACAAAUCAAAAUAUAUUUUAUAUUUGAGAUUUUUCAAAUAGCCACCCUUUGCCUUGAUGACAGCUUUGCACACUCUUGGCAUUCUCUCAACCAGCUUCAUGAGGUAGUCACCUGGAAUGCAUUUCAAUUAACAGGUGUGCCUUCUUAAAAGUUAAUUUGUGGAAUUUCUUUCCUUGUUAAUGCUUUUGAGCCAAAAAGUUGUGUUGUGACAAGGUAGGGGGAGGUAUACAGAAGAUUAGUCCUAUUUGGUAAAAGACCAAGUCCAUAUUAUGGCAAGAACUGCUCAAAUAAGCAAAGAAAAACGACAGUCCAUCAUUACUUUAAGACAUGAAGGUCAGUCAAUAUGGAACAUUUCAAGAACUUUGAAAGUUUCUUCAAGUGAAGUCGCAAAAACCAUCAAGCGCUAUGAUGAAACUGGCUCUCAUGAGGACCGCCACAGGAAUGGGAGACCCAGAGUUACCUCUGCUGCAGAGGAUAAGUUUGUUAGAGUUACCAGCCUCAGAAAUUGCAGCCCAAAUAAAUGCUUCACAGAGUUCAAGUAACAGACACAUCUCAACAUCAACUGUUCAGAGGAGACUGUGUAAAUCAGGCCUUCAUGGUCGAAUUCCUGCAAAUAAACCACUACUAAAGGACACCAAUAAUAAGAAGAGACUUGCUUGGGCCAAGAAACACGAGCAAUGGACAUCAGACAAGUGGAAAUGUGUCCUUUGGUCUGGAGUCCAAAUUGGAGAUUUUUGGUUCCAACCGCUGUGUCUUUGUGAGACGCGGUGUGGGUGAACGGAUGAUCUCCGCAUGUGUAUUUCCCACCAUAAAGUAUGGAGGAGGAGGUGUUAUGGUGUGGGGGUGCUUUGCUGGUGACACUGUCGUCUGUGAUUUAUUUAGAAAUCAAGGCACACUUAAACAGCAUUCUGCAGCGAUACGCCAUCCCAUCUGGUUUGGGCUUAGUGGGACUAUCAUUUGUUUUUCUACAGGACAAUGACCCAACACACCUCCAGGCUGUGUAAGGACUAUUUGACCAAGAAGGAGAGUGAUGGAGCACUGCAUCAGAUGACCUGGCCACCACAAUCCCCCGACCUCAACCAAAUUGAGAUGGUUUGGGAUGAGUCUGACCGCAGAGUGAAGGAAAAGCAGCCAACAAGUGCUCAGCAUAUGUGGGAACUCCUUCAAGACUGUUGGAAAAGCAUUCCAGGUGAAGCUGGAUGAGAGUGUGUAAAGCUGUCAUCAAGGCAUAGGGUGGCUAUUUGAAGAAUCUCAAAUUUAAAAUAUAUUUUUACUUGGUUACUACAUGAUUCCAUAUGUGUUAUUUCAUAGUUUUGAUGUCUUCACUAUUAUUCUACAAUGUAGAAAAUAGUAAAAAUAAAGACAAACCCUUGAAUGAGUAGGUGUUCUAAAACCUUUGACCGGUAGUGUGUACCAUAGACAUUAUGGACAGUAUGUGGAUAGAAUAUGAAAAUACGUAGGAUAGAAUAGUAUAUGCACAGCAAUAGUUGAAUAGGAAUGACUUGACUAGAAUACAGAAUAUACAUAUGAAAUGGGUAAAACAGUAUGUAAACAUUAUUAAAGUGACCAGUGUUCCAUGUUAUGUACAUAAGGCAGCAGCCUCUAAGGUGCAGGGUUCAGUAACUGGGUGGUAGCUGGCUAGUGACUAAGUUCAGGGCAGGGUACUGGGUGGAGGCCGGCUAGUGAUGGCUAUUUAACAAUCUGAUGGCCUUGGGAUGGAAGCUGUUUUUCAGUCUCUUGGUCUCAGCUUUGAUGCACCUGUAUUGACCUUGCCUUCUGGAUGAUAGCGGGGUGAACAGGCCUUGGCUCGGUUGGCUGAGGUCCUUGAUGAUCUUCUUGGCCUUCCUGUGACACCGGGUGCUGUAGAUUUCCUGGAGGGCUGGCAGUGUGCCCCCGGUGAUGCAUUGGGCAGACUGCACCACCCUCUGGAGAGCCCUGCGGUUGGAGACCGUGCAAUUGCCGUACCAGGCGGUGAUACAUCCCGACAGAAUGCUCUCCAUGGUGCUUCUGUAAAGGUUUGUGAGGGUCUUAGGGCCAAGUCAAAUUUCUUCACUCUCCUGAGGUUGAAGAGGCGCUGUUGCGCCUUCUUCACCACACUGUCUGUUUGGGUGGAUAGGGGCGUGCUCUCUCUGCUGUUUCCUGAAGUCCACAAUCAGUUCCUUCAUUUUGUUGACGUUGAGGGAGAGGUUAUUUUCCUGGCACCACUCCGCCAGGGCCUUCACCUCCUCCCUGUAGGCUGUCUUGUCAUUGUUGGUAAUCAAGCCUACCACUGUUGUGUCGUCUGCAAACUUGAUGAUUGAGUUGGUGGCAUGCGUGGCCACUAAGUCAUGGGUGAACAGGGAGUACAGGAGGGGACUGAGCGCACACCCUUGUGGUGCCCUUGUGUUGAGGAUCAGCAUAGUGGAGGUGUUGUUGCCUACCUUCACCACCUGGGGGCGGCCCGUCAGGAAGUCCAGGACCCAGUUGCACAGGGCAAAUAUCAGACCCAGGGCCCCGAGCUUAACGAUGAGCUUGGAGGGUACUAUGGUGUUGAAGGCUGAGCUGUAGUCAAUGAACAGCAUUCUUACAUAACUAUUUCUCUUGUUCAGAUGGGAUAGGGCAGUGCGAUGGCGAUUGCAUCAUCCGUGGAUCUAUUGGGACGGUAUGCAAAUUGCAGCGGGUCUAGGGUGUCAGGUAAGGUGGGGGUGUUAUGAUCCUUAACUAGCCUCUCAAAGCACUACAUGAUGACAGCUGUGAGUGCUACGGGGCGAUAGUCAUUUAGUUCAGUUACCUUCACUUUCUUGGGUACAGGAACAAUGGUGGACAUCUUGAUGCAAGUGGGGAUAGCAGACUGGGAUAGGGAGAGAUUGAAUAUGUCCAUAAACACUCCAGCCAACUGGUCUGCGCAUGCUCUGAGGAUGCAUCUAGGGAUGCCGUCUGGGCUAGCAGCCUUGCGAGGGUUAACAUGUUUAAAUGUCUUACUCACGUCGGCCACAGAGAAUAAGAGCUUACAGUUCUCUGGAGUGGCCCGCGUCGGUGGCACUGUUAUCCUCAAAGCAGGCGAAGAAGGUGUUUAGCUUGUCCGGGAGCAAGACUUCAGUGUCCGCGACCUGACUGGUUUUCCCUUUGUAAUCCGUGAUUAUCUGGAGUCCCUGCCACAUACGUCUCAUGUCUGAGCCAUUGAAUUGCGACUCCGCUUUGUGUCUGUACUGAUGUUUUGCCUGUUUGAUUGCCUUACCAAGGGCAUAACUGAACUGGGCCUUGUAGCCAUUCCGGAAGGGAGAACAAUGGUCCAGAGUUUCUGAACCGUGAGUACUGCAGGCAAUGUGUUGAUAGAACUUCAGAUUUGCUUUAUUAAAGUCCCCAGCUACAAUAAAUGCGGCCUCAGGAUAUAGUUCCUUGAGAGCCGUCGUGGUAUCAGCUUGAGGGGGAAUACACGUCUGUGACGAUGACCGAAGAGAAUUCUCUCGGGAGGUAAUGCGGUCUGCAUUUGAUUGUGAGGUAUUCUAGUUCGGGUGAACAAAAGGACUUGAGUUCCUGUACAUUACCACAAUCACACCAUGAGUAGUUAAUCAUGAAACAUACACCAUCGCCUCUCUUCUUCCCGGAGAGUUCUUUAUUCCUAUCUGCACGAUGUAACCCAGCUAGUUGUAUGGACGGGGAAAGUGUAUCUCACUCACUCAUCCUCCUGUCUCCCACUAAGCUGUGUUUGUCUCUUGUCUCUCCUGCAGCUCUUUGACCUGGUGUACAGGGAGGAGACUCUGCUGAACGUGAUCAAGAGUGUAACCCGUAAUGGACGCUCCAUCCUGCUGACAGCCGUGCUGGCUCUCAUCCUGGUCUACCUCUUCUCCAUCGUAGGUUACAUCUUCUUCCAGGAUGACUUCCUCCUCAAUAUUGACAGGAUACCUAAUAAAACACUAGGUAAGCUCAAAGUGCAGGUACUAUGACACUUAGGGUUCCCAAACAGAACGACUUCUUCUGUCUAUCCUCCCCACUCUGAUUGUCAUAUUUUAAAAUGACUUACACCAGAUUUCCUGCUGUGAAAUAACUCUGCAACUUCUGCCAAAUAUGGUCCCUCGUUUACAAUAGACAAUAUUGAGCCAACAAAGGCUCAAUAUUGAGUCUCUCCUGACAUUUUGUUUUCCUGUUUAGCAGAGAGUGGAGCCAGUAUGGUGGGAGAUUUCCUGUCAGCAGGAGUCUGUCAGAAGGACAGCGGGGAGAACUGCUCCACAGAAGCUGUUGUGGAUGGUAUGUGCUCCAGGAAAAGGGAAAAGUGUGUGUGUGUAUGUGUGUGUGCGCAGGCUUGCAUGUGUGUCAAGGGGUUCUCCUGUGUCCUUUCAGACCACCUGAGUCAGUCCUCCCCCAGAGGAGACGUUUCCCACAAUUCCACUGAGACGGAAAUCUGUGCGAUGAGGCAGUCAUGGGAUUAGGCCUUGACUAGGCCUGGCUGGGUUUGGCUGGCUGGGGGAAGCACACAGGGUUUUAGACAUGGCUAGGUUUGGCUGGGCUGGGAGAGGCUAUACCGACACUCCUGGUGCCCAAAUUGAUGACAAAUGUCAUGCAGCCGAGAGUCGAUGGAUUCUGUUCAGUCAGUCGUCCUGAUAAGCCCUUCAUUCCCAGCUAGCUAGUUUAUGCUGGCAACAACAGCAUGGCGCUAGUUAAAACUUGUCAAAGAAAAUGUGAUGUUUAUUUCGAUGGGCGAAGGAGAAAUAACUUGUAGUAUUGGUCACCAUCUGAAAUCUGGAUGUCACCGUGACAUGCCAAUUAGCUAACGUUACGACAAGCCGGUGUGAAUGACCAAUGCAACGGUGUUGUGAGGUGCUUUACACUUUUGCUUCCCACUGGACAGCAGUUGCUUCACCGGGCAGCUGUAUCACAUGCAGCUGGCGGUAGUUGAUGUUGCCAAUUUCUUCCAUACUCAAUUAUAUUUUGAGUAGGAUAGCAGCCUACACAAGAAAUAACUUGUAUUGGUAGUAAACAUCUGGAUGUCACCGUGAUACAGUCUCCUGCUGCUCAAUGGGAAGAGUUUGCGCUGCAAGCCUGCAACUUAACACAGUGUGUCCUCGCUCCCGAGUCCUGCGUGCCGAGCACUGCUGUCCUGCAGUAACUUAGAGGGAAGUAUAGAUAGUGCAGCUAAUAUCAGACCAGGGUGACAGGCAGCUAAAGCACAUUUGUUGAUUUUGUAGUCUGAUAAAACUGAAUGAUUCUCAACUCCCAAGUUCCAACUUCCUUCAAGUUUCAAAUUCUCGCGGAAGUUUCUAGCAAUAAGCAUAAACUAGCUUGCUGGGGAGCGCUCAUUAGGACAAGGCAACUGACAGAACUGACAAACGAAUCCGUUCGUCCCAACUCAACUCUUGCUGCGUGACACACGUCAUCAGUUUUGGGAACCAGGCGUGUCCGUAUAGCCUCUCCCUUCUGGGCUGGGGAAAACACAGGGGUUUAGGCCUGGCUGGGUUUGGCUGGGCUGAGGAAAACACAGGGGUUUAGGCCUGGCUGGGUUUGGCUGGGCUGGGGAAAACACACAGGUGUUUAGGCCCUGCCGUGUGUGUCUGCUUCUGGAGGACCAGGAUCCAGAGGGAGGUGGAGGAGAGGUUAGUGGUUAGUUGCCAUCAGGCACAGAACGUGUUCGCUCUGAGAUGGUGCCGGGAGCAACUCAUUGGGAUCCAGGCAUUCUAACAGACACUGUUGACUUCUUUAGAAAAAGCUCCCAAAUUAAAGAUGACCUGCAUGCUGCCUUAAUGUGCUCAGUCAAACUUUUCUGAACCUUGUCACGCCUGAGGGUGUCAUAGGUUCAAACCUCAUGUUGGCUUCCACCACCAUCAACAUCACCCAAAUUAAUGACGCUAGUCUGGUGACUUCUUGUUUUUUGAGAACUGUUUGGGAGGGUCACAUUGGUAUUGUCAGUGGUUCCUGUGCUGGGAAGAAGCAGGCUGUGGUAGGGUUGUUUUGCAGGUUUAUUUUAAGCUUUUGUUCGCACAACAUUGUCCUCAUUUACCAAAUAUAUAAUUCUUUAUCCUCAACACAGAAUUUGCCAUGUGAGAAAUGUAGAUGUGAUUUGGAUGAAAAGGGCUUGUGGAUUUGUUGUGGAUAUACACUAUGUGUAAUUCAUAUCCCUGAUGUCGCUCUGUAGCUGCCAUUGCCACCCAGCCGUCGGCGGUGGUGAUUGAAGACAAGGAGCGGUCAUGUGACUCCCUCCUCAUGUGUAUCGUCACUGUCCUGAGUCACGGCCUGAGGAGUGGAGGUGGUGUGGGGGACGUUCUGCGGAAGCCAUCCAAAGAGGUACGCAAAUGCCCAUGUUGAACACCAUCAAUCCAUUUACAUUUCCCACAGGUCCAGAAAGAGGAAGAAAGAAACACAGUUUAGCUUCACCUCAAUCUCAAUUAUUGCUAAUCAACAGGGAAGAAUUUUGCUGCAGUUGUGUUUCAUAGCUGCAGUCAUCUUUGAUAGUUGACUAGUUGAAAUGUUCAGGUGUAUGUUAUCAAAUGACUUUUCCUGUCUUCCUUGUCUUUGCUAGGAGCCUCUAUUUGCUGGCAGGGUGAUCUACGACCUACUCUUCUUCUUCCUCGUCAUCAUCAUCGUCCUCAACCUCAUCUUCGGAGUCAUCAUCGACACCUUUGCCGACCUCAGGAGUGAGAAACAGAAAAAGGAGGAAGUCCUGAAGACAACAUGCUUCAUCUGCGGUGAGUGGACCUACCUGGGUCUGGCUGGGCUCUUCUGGCCUGUGUCCACCGCUAGUGAUCAGUGGGCUGAUGCUCGGUCUGAGACUGUUUGCUAAGCUAUCAUGGUGGUAGCUGCAUUUUGAGCUGGGGUUGGAAUGACUAGUGGAUGUGGUCUGUAGAGUCUAUGAAAAGUAGUGCUAUUUCACACUAGGCUUUGGUACAGUCCAGCGAGCAUUGGAGGAGAAUUAACAGAUGAGUGGUCUAACCUGAGACUGCACUCUAAGUCUGUCUGAGGCUGUUACUUAAGUAAUAAGGCCAGAGGAGGUGAGGUAUAUGGCCAAUAUACCAUGGCUAAGGGCUGUUCUUAUGCACGACACAACGCGUGCCUGUAUACAGCCCUUAGCCGUGGUAUAUUGCCCAUAUAGCACAAACCCCUGAGGUGCUUUAUUGCUAUUAUAAUCUGGUUACCAACGUAAUUAGAGCAGUAAAAAUAAAUGUUUUGUCAUAACCGUGGUAUACCACGGCUGUCAGCCAAUCAGCAUUCAGGGCUCGAACCACCCAGUUUAUACUGUUGCAUGCCUCACAGCUGGCCCGUGGUAGAAUGGGGGCUGUUUUGCUCAGCUCAGCAGCGUAAACAUCACAACGCCUCCUCUUCCCAGAACCAGAAUGGUUAGUCAUGGCUGAUGCGAUGCUGAGUAACUUCCUCCUGUUACCAUGCGGUUCUUGACCAUGUUAGUGUGCAACACUCACUCAGCCAAGAAACACUCCUCCCAAAGUGCACUGCAAUGGCAAUGAACUGUAUCACAUCGGCAUACACAAGCUAUUAGUUACUGUAGCCUUAGUUUUAUUUAUUUUUUAUUUUUAUUUUUUUUGGGGGGGGGGUUGGGGGGAAUGGAUCAGCUUAAUAUUGCAGAUAGAUUGUAUCUUCUAUCAAUGUAAUUGUCUGCAUCACUUCCAAUCCCCCAUGUUUUUUAUAUAUAUAUUCCCCUUUAUUACUUUUCAACCCCACCAUCCUUUCCCUACUUGGAGUAAAUUAGUGAACAACAAUGCCCAGGCCUCUACUUCCGGUCUAUACUUACUAUCUACACCUUAUGGACAGAGUGAAUUUUACAAUAAUUCUAUUAUAUAUAUAUAUAUAUAUAUAUAUAUAUAUAUAUAUAUAUAUAUUAUUUAUUUUUUGCUCCUGAACUUCUUCUACUCUCAACCUCUCCGAUCAUUUUCAUGAUGUCCAUCCGGUUUGCUUCUAUAUGCCAUAUCUUUCUAACUGUGCUCUUUCCCAAAAGCUCCCAACAUACAACCUAUAUACUUAUUAUGGACACAGUAUGCUUACAUGAUUAGCUAUCUUUGUUAUUAUUUGUUAUUAGUCCCAUCCUUCAACUCUAUUCAAUACCUCCCAUCUAUCUCUUAACACCAUCCAUAUAGGAUUUCUAUUUGCCAUAUAUAUUUCAACCGUACUGUGAUGUUUUACAAAAGUUCUGAACCUUUCUAUUCUCAUUGCUUCUACAGAUUGUGAAUUAACAAUAAACAUUUUUGCUAAAAGUAUUAUUAUAUUAUUGAUUGAUUGACUAUGACUUUUCAGAUCACCCAGUAAUGCUAUCUGCAAGGUUAGUUCCAGGUAAAUAUUGCAAUCCUUUAGCCAUUCCUGGACCUGUGUCCAAAAACAAGCUACAAAUGGACAGAACCAAAACAAAUGAUCUAAUGAUUCUGUCUCUUCACAGCAAAAUAUGCAGAGCUGGGAAGAUUGUAUCCCCCAUAUAAAUAACAUUCUAUUGGUAGCAAGAAUUGUAUAUAAUAAUUUAAAUUGAAAGAUUCAAAUUUUUGAAUCCGGUGUCGUUUUGCGUGUCAGUUCAUAAACACUAUGCCAUGGGAUCGGUACGUCAAAGAUCUCUUCCCAACUAUUUUGCAAUCUAUAUGGGACGGCUGUCAAUCCUUUGGUCCUUAAGUGAAACUGAUAUACUUUUUUAUUUAUCACAGUUUUCCUUAACCAAUUAUGUUCUUUAAUGCAAGGCCGACAGACAAGUUCCUUACUUUCUCCCCCUUCCACUUUCCUCUUCCACUUUUGCGGUAAGGCUGCAAUUAUUUGGUUGUAAUUUUGGGUAGAGCAGACAUUUCCAUAUGUUUUUGUUAGCUGCAUGUGCGACAUAACUCCACCAGUCCUACCGAUGAUAUCAUUUACGAAGAUUAUACCUUUUUUAAACAUUCUGUCAAAAAAUAAAGGUUUUUUGUCAAUUAGUAUAUUUGAAUUUAACCACAAUAUUUGUUGCAUUAUUUGUUCUAUCGUUUCUGGAGGAUUAAAUUGAAAUUGCAACCAACUUUCUAUGGCUUGUUUUAGAAAUAGUGACAUCUGGGAGAUUAUUUCCUUUUCAAAUAACUGAAAGUGAGAGGUUGUAAUCUGAAUAAAGGGAAAAAGGCCUUUCUUGAACAUUGGGUGAGACAAUCUUACUAAUACUUGAGAACCAGUUCGGAUUUAAGUAUAACUUUUGGAUGACUGAAGAUUUUAGUGAUAGGUCUAAUGCUUUAAUAUUUAAUAAUUUCUGUCCUCCGAAUUCAUAUUCAUUAUAUAAAUAUGCUCUUUUAAUUUUGUCUGGCUUGCCGUUCCAAAUAAAAUUGAAUAUUUUUUUCUCAUAUAAUUUAAAAAACUGUUUGCUAGGCAUAGGCAAGACCAUAAGCAAAUAGGUAAACUGGGAUAAUACUAAAGAGUUAAUCAGGGUGAUUUUUCCACAAAUUGACAGGUAUUUUCCUUUCCAUGGUAGUAAGAUCUUAUCUAUUUUUGCUAACUUUCUAUUAAAAUGUAUUGAAGUGAGAUCAUUUAUUUCCUUUGGGAUAUGUAUUCCGAGUAUAUCCACAUCACCAUCAGACCAUUUUAUUGGUAAACUACAUGGUAAUGUAAAAAUUGUAUUUUUUUGUGAUCCAAUACGUAAUAUAGUACAUUUGUCAUAAUUUGGUUUUAAUCCAGAGAGGUUAGAAAAUGUAUCUAGAUCCUCAAUGAGGCUGUGGAGGGAUUCUAGUUGUGGAUCUAAAAGAAAACAUGAAUCAUCUGCGUACAAUGACACCUUUGUUUUUAAGCCCUGUAUUUCUAAUCCUCUGAUAUUAUUAUUGGAUCUGAUUUUAAUAGCUAACAUCUCGAUGGCCACAAUAAAUAGAUAUGCCGAUAGUGGACAACCUUGUUUCACUCCUCUUGACAGUUUAAAACUUUCUGAGAAAUAGCCAUUAUUUACUAUUUUACACCUAGGGUUACUAUUCAUGAUUUUGACCCAUUUUAUAAGAGAUUCUCCAAAAUUGAAAUGCUCCAGGCAUUUAUAUAUAAACCCCAGUCGAACUUUAUCAAAUGCCUUUUCGAAGUCUGCUAUGAAUAGCAGGCCUGGUUUCCCAUAUUUUCCAUAGUGUUCUAUUGUUUCCAAUACUUGCCUUAUAUUAUCUCCAAUGUAUCUUCCAUGUAAAAAACCUGUCUGAUUAGAAUGAAUAAUAUCCGACAAUACCUUUUUAAUUCUAUGCACUAUACAUUUUGCUAGGAUUUUUGCAUCACAACACUGAAGUGUAAGGGGCCUCCAAUUUUGUAAAUGGACUGGAUCUUUAUAUUUUCCACUUGUAUCCUGUUUCAGUAAUAAUGAGAUCUUCUUCUUGAGUGUCAGAUAAUCUACCAUUUACAUAGGAGUGGUUAAAACAUGCUAAUAACGGUCCUCUUAGUAUAUCAAAAAAGGUUUGGUAUACCUCGACUGGUAUGCCAUCCAACCCUGGAGUUUUCCCGGACUUAAAGUCUUUAAUUGCAUCCAGAAGUUCCUCCUCUGUAAUUUCACCUUCACAUGAGUCUUUCUGUGUGGCUGUUAAUUUGACAUUAUCAAUAGAAAAAAAAUCUCUACAAUUAGCUUCAGUUAGAGGAGAUGGAGGCGACUGAAAAGAAAACAUAUGCUUAAAGUACUUUGUUUCUUCCUUCAAAAUGUCAUUUGGUGAAUUAUGGGUGACUCCGUCAAUUGUAACCAGUUUCAUUAAGUUCUUUUUGGUAGCAUUCCUAUGUUGAAGAUUAAAAAAUAAUUUUACUGUAGCCUUAGUUACUGUAGCCUUAGUUACAGUAGCCUAUCCAUUUCUUUACAUUUAUAUGCAUUUUACGUAUGACCGGCCCCGUUGGAUAAAGUAGGAUAAAGGGGCAUGUAAAAUACAAAUUUGUGUAAGACAUUGAGAACCUGUUGAGCAUUAAGACACUUGGCCUAUUCUAUUCUCCCUCUGAAGUGUAUUAUAUUCUCCUGUCCAAUGACUGAACUUCCCUAUGCUAUAGCUGUGCAGUCAGUCAUCCCAACUAAGGUCAUGACAAUCACCAGACUGAUAAUGAAUGGCUCAUUAUUGCCACACAUGCAUUUGUUUGUUUACAGAUGAAGUAACUGCCAUGCAUUUGUUUUCCAGCAUGUGUUUUUGACUAUUUGUUUUUGUAUGUCCCCUCGUGUGCAGGCCUGGAAAGGGACAAGUUUGACAACAAGACGGUGACAUUUGAAGAGCACAUCAAGGUGGAGCACAACAUGUGGCACUACUUGUUUUUCAUAGUGCUGGUGAAGGUGAAGGACUCCACAGAGUACACGGGACCAGAGAGCUACGUCGCUGAGAUGAUCAGG